AUGAGGCGACAUGGCAGGGCCGGCGGAGGUUCUACCAAAGCUGUGGCACCGGUUUCCGACACAGUAUCGUUAAUCCAUUCAUUUGAUUCAGUUACGAACCCCAAUCGCCCGGUGCGCCCAUCGCCUUUGGCCUCGUCCAACAUCCAAGCUCUGCCCUUGGACCUCAUCGACCGACUGCGGUCUUUUCCUCUGUUUCAGUCUACUCCGGAAUCAUUCCUCAUCGACGUCGGACAGCAUCUGCGCCCGCAACUUUGCGCUCCGAACGACUAUAUUUUGACGGAGGGGGAUGAGGCGAAGGCGAUAUACUGGCUGGUGCGAGGUGCGGUGUCGGUCACUUCCAGAGAUGGGGAGAGUAUAUACGCGGAACUCGAGCCGGGUGCCUUUUUCGGUGAGAUAGGUGUAUUAAUGGAUCGGCCCCGUACCGCGACAAUUAUCGCCCGUUCAAGGUGUCUGUUAGUGGUUUUGACCAAAGAGGACUUCCGGAGAAUCCUUCCACGGUUUCCUGAAGUCGAGCGAGCCAUUAGGGAUGAGGCCCAGGAGCGGUUAAUGAUCUUGGAGAAGAAAAAGAAGGAGACAUCAGUACCCUCCGCUGAUCUUAUAGAGGCUGGUCGAAGAGGGUCCAAAAGGUUAAGAGAAACUUUCUCCAGUGACCUCUCGCUCACUGAACAGAAUGGUGCAAGCCUAAAGUUCGUCAAUAAAAAACGCAAAUCCCCGAGUCCGGGACUAGCUGAUGGAACUUCAAGUGCCCUUGCAAAUGGGCUUGUGAACGUGCGUCUUCUUCUUAAGGAACUGCCGCUCUUUGCUGGCCUUCCACCCGACAUUCUUCACUUUUUGGGUCUCAAUGCGCAGCCUCGAUCAUUCCCGCCCUUCACCGACAUCAUCAAACAGGACUCUCAGGGACGCGAGGUCUAUUUCAUCGUCCGCGGCGAGGUAGAAGUCUUGAGCGAGAAGAAAGACCCAUUGAACGGGCGACGACCCCUACCCAGCACCAUUGAGUAUCCCGGCUUCGAAGUGAAGGCGCGCUUGAAACAGGGUCAGUAUUUCGGCGAGGUUGUGAGCCUAUCUCUGGCGCCUCGCCGGACUGCAACCGUACGCUCUAUCAAUGCUGUCGAGUGUCUGAUGAUUAGCGGUGAGGUUUUAUCUGAAUUGUGGGAUAAAUGCCCCCAAGAUGUCCGCGAACAGGUGGAACGGACUGCCAAAGACAGGCUCAAGACUGCGUCUGAUGGAGAUGUUAUUAUGGCUGAGGCCGGAGACACUGAUGGGACCGGCCCUGCCGAUGAGAGCUUCAGAAUCAGAUCUGCUCGCCGGCAGUCUAUGCCACUGUUAACACUCACGGAAACAGAGUUGGACAGCACUCAAAGGUCGCCAAACGGCUUAGAUGAGCACACUGUAUUACGACCAUCGGAUCCAGACCCUUUUCUCAACGUGGGCUUAGAUAAUGUUCGGCUCCGCAGCCGACGAGGGUCUGUCGCUCCGUUAACCCCGGAGGAGGUAUCUCGAGAUCAACAGCGGCCAUCCUCUACGGAACCUCCAUCAAGUAGUUCAUCGUUUCGCAGUCUUCCGGACACUCCCACUACCCCAGUAGCGCAAAAGGCACGGCGCGAACCAAGCAACCAAAAUCGGGGAAUCUUUCCCGACACUAUACUUGUGCGGAUCUUCCAAAACCUCGAAUUGCAUGAUCUUCUUCGUUUGCGCGCCGUGUCUCUCUACUGGUCUGAGAUACUCAAUUCAUCCCCGGAUUUGCUUCGCUACUUGGAUUUGAGCGUGUAUAAUCGCUGCCUCACCGAUGACGUACUGGCGAAAAUCGUCUGUCCCUUCGUCGGCAAUAGACCUCGCUACAUUGAUAUCAGCAACUGCUUUCAUAUCACGGACGAAGGGUUUAAUACUUUGGCGAACACCUGUGGAUCUAACGUUGUAACCUGGAAGAUGAAGAGUGUUUGGGACGUGACUGCAUCCGCCAUCCUGGAAAUGGCUCAAAAGGCGAACGGCCUGCAAGAAGUGGAUCUGAGCAACUGUCGAAAAGUUAGCGAUACGCUCUUAGCUCGAAUUCUUGGAUGGGUUACUCCUGGUCCAUAUAAACCUCCAGAUGAAACUACAAAGUCUGGUAAAUCCGUUAUCAAACCCACGAUUCUUACCCCGACCGGAACGGCAGUCUUUGGAUGCCCAGAGCUGAAGAAGUUGACUCUGUCCUAUUGCAAGCAUGUAACUGACAGGUCUAUGCAUCACAUUGCAUCUCAUGCCGCUUCAAGGAUUGAAGAAAUGAACCUGACACGGUGCACAACCAUCACUGAUCACGGAUUUCAGUUCUGGGGAAACGUUCAGUUUACUAACCUCCGAAAGCUCUGCCUGGCGGAUUGCACGUAUUUAACCGAUAAUGCGAUUGUAUAUCUUACCAAUGCUGCAAAACAAUUGCAGGAAUUGGAUUUGUCAUUCUGCUGCGCUUUAUCAGACACAGCAACGGAAGUCCUUGCUCUGCAAUGUUCUCAAUUGAGAUACCUAAACAUGUCAUUCUGUGGUUCUGCCAUAUCUGAUCCGUCAUUACGCAGUAUUGGACUGCAUCUUCUGCAUCUUAAUCGGCUCUCGGUGCGCGGUUGCGUUCGCGUGACCGGGGCUGGCGUGGAAUCGGUAGCGGAUGGCUGCACCCAGCUGAAAGCUUUCGACGUCAGCCAGUGUAAGAAUUUGGUACCCUGGCUUGAAUCAGGAGGAACCCAGAAAUACAAUGGUAAAAUAUCAUUCGACACUGUUGCUGUGAAUGGGAGGCUUUACCGAUAG